GCCCCUCUCACGCGGGACCGCCCCUUUGCCUGUGUUGCUCUGGUCUCUAAGGGAAACCCUCCAAUGAACGUCAGCACAGAACACAUCCUCCUUGCGGAGAGGUCACGCGGAACCACUUCCGGAUCCUGAGCGCGCUUACUCCGUGACCAGGGGAAGCGGUAGCCAUGGCAACGCGUUCUUCACCUUUCCCUUGUCCAUGCGUGGGGUCACGUUGGGAAUGAUUCCAGAGCGACUUUUCGCAGUCAGCUUUCUAUCUGGCAGUGCUUCUCGGAAUCGAGACACACGUGAGAAGUUGAAAAUCCCCCGGCACACUUUUCGAUGGGGUUGGGGAGGAACUACAGUUCCCGGCAUGCAACGUACUAGGGGGAAAACACUGUAGUGCAUGCUGGGAAUCGUAGUCUUUGAUCAGCUGCGUAGUUUGGCCCUUUCUUCUGCCUUUUUCCCAGCGUGUCUUUGCGGGAACUCUGCGCUGCGUGUUUUAGAAUUUAUAUCUCGUUGCCAGUGCCGUAGAAAUUUCUGCCUAUUCCAGACUCUCUAGUGUACACAGCCUUCAGAACCUAGAAAGCCGCCAGGCCUUGGCCGAGGCCGCCCAGCGUUCUGGGGGUCGGCCUGAGUCCGGCCCAGCCUCCGGUUCAUGGACGCGCCUUUCCGAAUCUGGCUUCUCGUGCGUCACGUGGGCAGCCGGAGCUUCUGGUGAAAGCAACAAACAUAACCAAUAAAGCAACAUUUGGUAUAGAAAUAAGUUGCAUCAAGAAAAAUCUCGUGGGCUUCCCUGGUGGUGCAGUGGUUGAGAGUCCGCCUGCCGAUGCAGGGGACACGGGUUCGUGCCCCGGUCCGGGAAGAUCCCACAUGCCGCGGAGCGGCUGGGCCCGUGAGCCAUGGCCGCUGGGCCUGCGCGUCCGGAGCCUGUGCUCCGCAACGGGAGAGGCCACAGCAGUAAGAGGCCCACGUACCGGAAAAAAAAAAAAAGAAAAAGCUCGUAAAGCUAAGUAGUUUUCAUUGAAUAUUUUGCUUCUGAGCAACGUGCAAGCAUAUCUACAUGGUUGCUGGAGGGCGUGUGUUUUUCCAUUAGGUCAGUGGAAUUGAAUUCCCAGUGCAUGUAGGUGAAUGGAGUGUCGUAUGAGCCUGCACAACUUAAGAUAAAAAUGAUCACAGAACUCCAUCAGAUUCUUAGAGCCAGACUUCUUUGCCUCUCGGAUGCCAGGUACAUUACUGGUCUUGGCCCUUAUUACAUUUUGAUUUGUUCCUCUUGUCCUGACCUCAACUUCAUACCUAUUUUCAUUCUUGCUUCUGGUCACAGUCAUGGGUCUUGGCUUAUUCUGUUGCUGGAUACACUAGGCUCCUUUUCUGCAUUUGCCUUCCUUUUCACACUCUUAGCAAGUCCCCUUGUGUAGUUUUCAAAUUCACAGGGUGGCAGAAGGAGCAGGUGGCCAACGGAACACCGGGAAGGUGGAAUGGGGGGCUGAGGAAAAGAGGGAGAGCCUUGUAACCAGUGCCCACUCAUCACCCGUGGUUCUCAGCUCUUCAGCAAAAGCUUUGGGGAAACAGAGGAGCCGUGGACUUCCUGUAAUCCUAAAAAAGAAUGUGUUUUUUUCUUUUUCACUCCUAACUCAAACUAGAUUGUGUCUCAACUCUGAUCUGUCCAUUGGUUGACAUCACUCACCUUCAAAUAUCUAUAAGAAAGAAGGCAUUUUGGGGAAAGAUUUCAAUCUGUUUAUAGUGAACAUAAUUAGGGGGAAGUCAUAGAAGCAGUGGAGGUCAGUGGCUGCACCAGGAUGAAAAUUGUUUUAAGGGUGAUGUCGUCUCUGAGCAAAGUGAAAUGAGCCAGGAGGCAAAUGAGAAUGUAGACAGGUCUGCCCAAUUCCUUUUAAAGCCCCAGAAACCCAUUCAGCCUUACAUCUGCUCGACUCUGGAUGAUUUUCAGGAAGAGAGAGACUAUUUGGCAAACUCCAGCUUCCCUCAGCUGAGCGAAUUCUGCAGUUCCCGGGGUGCGUGUUUCAAAGCUGUGGACCUGAGGUGGUCAGCAUUGAAGGCCCAGGCGCCCUUACCCUUCAAUCUAUUUAGACAACAUUUUUGUCUCCACUAGCAACAUCUGAAGCUCUGUCUGGACUGCGUGAACAGCUGCUUUCCCUUUUUUAUCUGCUUGCUGGGUCAGACAUAUGGGGACUUUCUCCCUGACUACUCACCUGUCAUGUUCUCCAAGGCAACUGACUUGUCAAGUUUAUCCAUAAUGGAACAGAAUCUCUAUGUUGCUGCAAGAAACUGUUAUCCUUGGGUCCUGGAGAAUCCCAACCGCAGUCCGACUGAGUUAGAGAUCAUCCAAGCAGCAUUUCUGAAUGAGUCUCAAUUUCAGUAUUUUUACUUUAGGACGGGAACCAUGCUGCUGAAGCCUAUGGACGAGGAAAAGGAGGAGAUGGUGUCUGCAGGUUUUCUGAUCAACAAUGAGGAAAAAUUAAAGAUUGGAAAGCUUAAGGCCAAGAUUAUUAGCAAAGGACUACCUGUCAGGUUGUACAGAGAUCUCCAUGAGUUGGGUGAGCCUGGUUCUCAAGGACUGGUCAGUUGUGAUAGAGAAACUUUACCCACUUUAAUCAUAGAAAAUAUAGACUUCAAGCACAACUUUGAACGUUUCUAUCACGAAGAGUUCACUGAGAAGUGCAAGGAAGUGUUUGUUAUUUCCAAGGAGUCAAACAGAACCUUUGAAAUCUUGGAAAGAUUUGCCUUAAAGGAUGUGGAAUUUGAUUUUAAUAAUGCCGCAGCAGGCCCCAGCCUAUCUAUUCUCAGGUGUAAUCACUCCCGCCAGAGAGAGCGGUCCAUAUGCCUUUCAGAACCCAACGAAUCACAAGAGAGCACAUCUCCACCGAAUCUUGGUCAAAUACUUCCAAAGGCAAACGGCUUUCUGGAGAGUGUAUCAAGAGCCGCCUUGGCACAUGAAGAUGAGUGGCUGCUGGGAGGAUUUGUGCAGCCUUCUCUCAAGUCCUACAUCUGCUGCCGGAAACGCUUCUCUUGCAAAGAUGAAAUUUCAAGAAGGCUUAAAUAUCAGGAGGAGUUUGGUGAGAAAAACCUCCUAGUUGGAGAAAUUAUGGAAUUUUUAGCGGAUUUACUGUUUUUCCCACUGAGACAUAGUGAAAGAGCACAGGCUCCGGAGGCGCAGGCUCAGCGGCCAUGGCUCACGGGCCCAGCCGCUCCGCGGAAUGUGGGAUCUUCCCGGACCAGGGCACAAACUCGUGUCCCCUGCAUCGGCAGGCGGACUCUCAACCACUGUGCCACCAGGGAAGCCCUAUUUAGAACUCUUUGAUGAGAUAUUUUCUAAUCAAGAAAAUAAUCAAGGAAUCCAAGUGGAAGAAUGGGCUCAGCUGUGUGACUUUAAGAAUGCUAUGUUGGGCUUCCCUGGUGGCACAGUGGUCAAGAAUCUGCCUGUCAAUGCAGGGGACACGGGUUUAAGCCCUGGUCUGGGAAGAUCCCACAUGCCACAUCUCACGUGGAGCAACUAAGCCCGUGAGCCACAACUACUGAGCCCAUGUGCCACAACUACUGAAGCCUGCGCGCCUAGAGCCUGGGAUCUGCAACAAGAGAAGCCACCGCAAUAGGAAGCCUACGCAAAACAACGAAGAGUAGCCCCUGCUCGCCGCAACUAGAGAAAGCCCCCACGCAGCAACGAAGGCCCAAUGCGGCCAAAAAUAAAUAAUAAAAUAAAAUAAAUAAAUUUAUAUAUAUA